GCGUACCGCGUAGUGAAAACCGCAAAUUCUGAUGCUGUUCUCUUUUUCCUUAUAUACCUUAGUUGUAUUUGGUCUGUCCUAACGCACUUCCAUCGUCAACCCUUUGCACUAGAAUUGUUCAGAUUCUUGAAGAUGAUAAAGUAGGAGUUCUCGGAGCCUUCUGAAUGGUUCGAUUUCAUAUGCACCGUUAAUGGGACUUUCCAAUUCCUCGUUCAUUUCCUUGUCUUCUUCUACUACUCCUACUAUAAAUGGAGCCGUUCGGAUUGAAAAUGAUGCAAAAGAGCGAAGUGAUUACGUGCCAUACCGUUGGAUCAUGGAAGCAGCAGCUACUCAAAGGAAAACAAUCUGAUAAACUGAUUGUCGUGGACUUCACUGCCGCAUGGUGCGGUCCAUGCCGUGCUAUCGCUCCAGUUUUUGCAGAGUUGGCUGAGAAGAUGAGUAAUGUCAUAUUCUUGAAGGUCGACGUUGAUAAAUUGACUACUGUUGCUGCGGAAUGGGGAGUGAGUGCACUCCCUUGUUUCAUGUUCUUGAAGAACGGGAAGGUGGUGGAGAGGUUUGUAGGUGCAAGAAAAGAUGCGUUGCGGAAGCUUGUAUUACAGCAUGCCUAAUGAGAAGUCUAUGUUGAGGAGAUACCAUCAUCUGUUUCUUCUUUUUUGGAUUUCUAUGAGAACCAGAAAAGAGUUUAUGCAACUUUUGUGAGUUGCUAUAAAUUGUUGGCUUUAUUUAGCACAAAUUUUAUUUUUCUUGUUUUGGAUUGUUUUUCAAUCAUCUUUUCUAUUUCGAGGCUACCAGACUUGUUUUGUAAUGAAUGAGCAUCUAUUCUUUUGUGGAAUAAAAAUGAGGCACCUAUUUAAAGUUU